AUGGUAUUGAGUAAUGCUAAAAGCGACGAUGUGAGAAGAGAUAGUGAUAUUACGAAAUUUUGUAAUUUACGGGAACGGCCGUUAUUAUUACGACUUAAUGGAAUAUUAUAUGAUAUAGCGCUGUUUGCUUCGAAACAUCCUGGCGGACAAAAGGUACUUAAACAUUUAGCCGGUGAAGAUAUUGAUGAAUAUAUGAAUGGUAGUAAGCGUAUCCUCGGUGUUAAACAUGCACACUCAGCAGCUGCUUAUCGGAUACUGGAAAAAUAUGCCGUCGACAAAUGCUACGAGGGGAACGAUGAAUUAUUAUCUGAUAAGCCGAUUUUAAGUAGAGUUGGUUAUUUGGGUGAUCGAUAUUGGACAUGGAUUCAUCAACCAUACGAUGGGACACUUCGAUUAUUCGAAUCAGAUGUUCUGGAAAAUAUGACUAGGACAAGAUGGUGGGUGGUACCACUUGUUUGGAUGCCUUUAGUGAUUUUCUUCACAGUACGCGCCUUUGCGAUGAUUUUCCAAAGCUAUGAAUUUUUGUACGGCCUUAUUGUUUGGGCAGUUCUUUUCACAUCAGGUGUUCUUGCAUGGACCCUUCUAGAAUAUCUUCUUCAUCGUUUUGCAUUCCACUGGAAACCGAACCCAGAAUCACGCUUCCAAAUCAUUUCUCAUUUUCUAUUACAUGGUUUGCAUCAUAAGACGCCAAUGGAUGGUGAUCGUUUGGUUUUUCCACCAGUUCCGGCAGCUCUGAUUGUUGCAUUUUUUUAUUAUUUGUAUGCUUCAUUACUUCCAUACGACAUAUUUUGUUGUUUUGGCGCUGGUAAACUGUUUGGUUAUAUCAUUUACGAUUGCUCACAUUACUAUUUUCAUCAUGCCGAUCCAUUACCAGGAACGAAUCUACAUUUUCGAAAAACUUAUCAUAAUAAUCAUCAUUUCAAACAUUUCGACCUAGCUUUUGGGAUAUCGACUGUUUUAUGGGAUUAUGUUUUUAACACAGUUGGCGCAGGGCCACUAUGA